AUGGAUGCGCAUGGGCAUUUUAGCACCAGCGCCGGUGCUAUGCCGAGACGGACCGCCAAUGCCUGCGUACAAUGCAGAUGCAGAAAGCUUCGAUGCGACGGCAGACUACCAAGCUGUGAGAGAUGCCUGAGCUCAAAGGCGACUUGCCGCUAUGACAAGCGCAAAGGCAGAGGCUUAGGGAAAAGCAAACAAUACAUUUCAUCCCUCGAACAGCGCCUGAAGGAGGCUGAGAUAACAACACGAUCAACCCCUGUAUUAGGUCAAGGCUCAAGUCACAUUUCAGAUGAGACUGACAAGAGUGAUGAUCAGCCUCACAUCAACGUGGCAACAGCACCCAGCCGAAGCCAGACUCCUCCAUCAAGAUGGCCCAGAGAGAUCGUCGAAAGCAUAGCUCAUGCCCAGAACAACCAAAUCAAUAUAGACCGAACAGUUUAUAUCCCUUUACCACCCAAGGAAUACACAAUUCACUUUGUAUUCAACGCCAUCGAGGAAAUGUAUCAAGUACAACCGCUCUUCAGUAUUGACGAAGUUUCGAAGCUGGUGGGAGACCAGUAUUUAGCGGGGUUGACCAACUGCAUUGACAACCCUAUCCGUUGGGCCACGCUGAAUGCCCUCAUUGCCAUGGGCGUACACUGGAAGGCCGACAACAGGGCCAUAAAGGAGCUAUUUCCUGUCUCGUGGUCGCAUUUCAAGAACGCAUAUGCCAUCUUUCCGGAGCUGGUGAUGAAGGUCCCCAGUAUCGAGUCCUGUCAAGCGAUGCUGGUCAUGGCCCUGUUUAUGCAGGGAACUGCUGAUGCAGUGGCGUUCACCAGUUUGCUGUCUUCCGCUGCGCACGCUGCUCAGUGCAUUGGACUACACCUGGAGGAUGAAAGUAGUCCAGGUGCAGGUCUCAAUGCGGAAAAGCGCAGGCGGACUUUUUGGUUGAUACACGUGCUCCAGUGCAAUGCGUCGUUGAAGUUCGACCUCCCAGCACCAUCUAGCGAGAUUGACGUUAACUUUCCUAGUCAAGAGUCAUUGGCUGAGGACUCAACUAGUACCGAUCUUUUGAGACACAUGUCGAGCCUAUCAUUGAUCCAGUCCAGAAUUAUUCGACAGUUACGCUCUGGAUCAGGACUCUGGAAGGACCAUAAUAAAAUGCGCCAAGUUAUUGCAGAGAUAGAUCAGGACCUGGCAUCUUGGUUGGCGGGACUGCCCUCCGAAUUCCGACCUACAUUCUCGUCUCCGGUGAUUAAUCGAGGAGUAGCAGAGCUGCAAUUUGCCUACUACGCUUCUACCUGGAGGAUCCACGGCGCAAAUAACAAACUAGGGAGCAUUCAGACACUCUCAGCUCCCACGUCGAGUCUCCGGGUUCUCUCGCCAACUCCCCCAGACAGCGCCCGAGCAGCGAUUUCCUUGAUCAAAAGAUUGUCAUCACAGCCUUUAGUUGUUAUGUGGCGAUUUAUGUGCUACCCCAUCUGUGCCAUCCUGAUACUCUUGGUAGCUGUGCUUGAUAACCCGGGAAGCUCGGAAACUGAUUCAAAUCCGGCUUGGAUCGAUGAAUUUUUGAGAUUCUUGCAAAACUUCCAGGAUAGAGAGGGCUGUGAUUUGAAACGUUUCAUUGAUGGUUGUUCUAAGUUAUACGAAGUUGCACUCACCACACAACGCAACUCAGUUAGCCAAACCGCCGAAUGUGAGAACACCACAACUGAAUUAUCCCAGGGACAUAUUGUAGGUGCUUUCCGUACUGGACGCAACAGUCUCUAA